GGAGAAACAGACAGAAGCAAUGCUAUUUAACGAUGUUAAAGCAUAACGUUGCUGAGAUUUUGUUUAUCUCAGAGAAAAGGGAAGGGUGUGUGUUUGGUUCCAAAAGCUUUAGAGGAUAAGUCUAAGAUUGGAUGAGCCUCUCUAUAUUGUCUGUUUUUAUCCUGACUCGGUUUCUCAGAUCUAUUACCACCCUUUUCUGCAUUUCUCCUAUCUCUUACAAAUCACAAUCCUUUUUGUCCAUUGCCUGGUAAGACAUGAGUAAAGAGGAGAUUUUGAAGAUACAGAAAUGUGUUCUUAGAGUGAACAUACACUGUGACGGGUGCAAGAGCAAAGUCAAGAAAAUCUUGCAGAAGAUUGAUGGGGUGUUUACCACCGAGAUAGAUGCAGAACAAGGGAAGGUGACGGUUUCAGGGUUUGUGGACCCCAAUGUUCUCAUCAAGAAGCUUGCAAAGUCAGGGAAACAUGCAGAACUCUGGAGUGCCCCUGCCAAAGGAAACAACAAUAAUAGCAACAACCACCAGAACAACAUUGCUAACCAGAUGAAGAACAUGCAAAUUGACAAUGGUAAAGGUGGGGGAAACAACAAGGGUCAAAAGGGUGGUGGGAAUAACCAGCCAAAGGGUAAUAAUCAACAAGGGCAGAACCCCCAACAGCAGAACCAUCAACAGCAGCUUCAGCAGCAUCUGCAACAACUUCAGCAGAUGAAAGAGUUUCAAGAUCUGAAGCUGCCUCAGUUCAAGGACAUGAAGAUGCCCAACCAGAACCCCAACCAGGUCAAAGGAGUGAAGUUCAGUUUGCCUGAGGAAGAUGAUUUGUCUGAUGAUGAAUUUGAUGACGAGUUUGAUGAUGAGUUGGACGAUGAGUUGUAUGAAGAUGAGAUGGAUGACCCUCAGCAUCCUCUGAAUAAGAUGAUGAUGAUGAAGCCCCCUAUGGGUAAGCCCCCUAUGGGUAAUGCCCCUAUGUCUAAUGGGGCUCAGAUGAUGUUGAAUAACAUGAUGAAUGCUCAGAAAGGUGGCAACGGUGGUGGAGGUAAUGGGAAGAAAGGAGGAGGUGACGGUGGAGGUGGAGGUGGAGGAGGACCUGUGCAAGUGCAUAACAUGGGUGGUGGAGAUGGGAAAAUUGGUAAUGGAGGUAAGAAAGGAGGUGGAGGUGGAGGUGGCAAUAAUCAUAAUCAAGGUGGAGGUAACAAAAACAAUGGUGGCAAAAAUGGAGGUGGAAUGCCAGACGUUAAAAACAACAAAAAUAAUGGUGGCGGCGGUGGUGUUCCUCCAAAUAGCAAUGGGAAUGGAGGUAAGAAGGGUAAUAAUGGAAUGGGUGAAGGGAUUCAAGCUAUGAACAUGUUUCCAAACAUGGGUGGUCAUACUCCUAGUAUGGUUGGGGCUAAUGUGGGUCCUAUGGGUAACAUGAGCAUUCCCAUGGGCAACAUGCCAAUGUCCCAGAUGGGUAACAUCCCAGCAGUUCAAGGCCUUCCAGCUGCAGCACCCAUGAACGGAACUGCCGGUGGUGGUGGUGGAGGAUACUUCCAAGGUGGCGGUGGCGGGGGUGGUCCAGAUAUGAUGGCUGGCAAUCCUUACCAACAACAGCAAUACAUGGCUGCAAUGAUGAACCAACAAAGGGCAAUGGGAAAUGAUAGAUUUCAGCCAAUGAUGUAUGCCAGGCCUCCUAUGGCAGUGAAUUACAUGUACCCUCCUCCUUAUAGCUACCCACCUCCUCCUCCUCACGAGCCAUACUCCAACUUUUUCAGUGAUGAGAAUACUUCCAGCUGCAGUGUUAUGUGAAGAGUAAUGGGUGGUGAUGCUGAUAAGAGGGUUGUUCGGAUAUGGAUGGAAAGUCCUUUCUAAUAUGAUGAUGCAAUAUUAUACAAUGGAAAUGAGUUUCAAUUUUAGUUUGGUGUUUCUUCAAUUUUCUUCUUAUCCCUUUUCUCCAAGUUAAACUUGAGCUUUUGGUCACAUAAGGGAGUAAUUUAUAGAUUUUAUAAUAUUUUAUGAUAGUGAGAACUAUGAUAUCAUCAUGUAACUGAGGAUAUGGUGAUGAUAGACUUCCGCCAUGUGAGAUGUUUAUGUGUGUUUAUAUGUUGCAAACAGAAAUAAAUAUCAGAAGA